AUGUCCCGGAUAGGCACAGACGAGAAUCCUAUCGAUAAGUCUUAUUACGAAUUACUCGACACUUACCAUCCCGAUAAAAACCAAAGUGAAGGAGCCGAAGAAAAGUUUAAAGAAAUUUCGGAAGCGUACCAGGUGUUAUCGGAUCCGCAAUUGCGAGCUCACUAUAACAAAUAUGGCAAGGAUAAGGACUUGGCACCUGACGGCGGAUUUUCGGAUCCCCGUGAAUUCUUCCAGCAGAUGUUUGGUGGUGACGCUUUCAGAAGUAUCAUUGGCGAUCUUGCUAUGGGCGAACUGUUUAGCGAGUCCAUGGAACAAGACAUGCAGGAGACAGGACAGGAUGUUACUGCAGGCAAACCAGAGAAAUCCAAGCCUGGUAUGACCAAAGAGCAAAGAGAAAAGCUUCAACAAGCCCAAAAGGAACGAGUGAAAAAGUUGGCCGAGAACCUUAUCCACAAGCUCUCAUUGUACACCGACAGCAGUGAAGGCGAUGAAGCGGCGGCGGCGGCAUUCCAGGAACAGAUUAAAAUCGAAGCCGAGAAAUUAAAAUCGGAAAGCUACGGCAUUGAACUGUUGCAUACCAUUGGCUAUGUCUAUUCCAGCAAAGCGAAACAUCAUCUCGGUAUGAAAGGAGGCGAACUGCCGAGCAUCUUCCAGGCAUUGCGACAAAAGAAACAUUACAUGAAGGAGUUGUGGUCGGUUGUAAAGUCAGCCAUGGAUAUGCAAGCCGUCGGGGAAAUGCUCGAGAAAGCUGAAAAGGAAGGCAUGGAUCAGGCCGAACGUUUAAAGCUUGAAGAGGACGCCAGCAAUAAGACUGUCAGCAGCAAAGUUCGCUACAAACGCGCCGAGGCGUUGCGCAUGGUGGGAUAUAUCUACAAGCAUGCUGACCCUGAUAAACCGGUGUCGGAACUAGUGAUGAAAACAAAAAAGAAAUAG